UUACAAUGCAUGCACGAUCGAAUGUUGAGCCCUAAAGCGAUUUCUUUAAGGUGUUUGCAAUCAGGAAAACUUCCUUGUCUAAAAGUAUAUUUUUAGCAGCAUGUUAGUGCUCAGAAAUAACGGUGUCAGCGAAGAAAUAAGUCGGAAAAGAUGAACAGACACUUUGCCGUGUGUGUGAUGUUGGUGGCUUGGAGUAAAUCGAUUGCUGGCGAACUUGACCCCUGUGAUCCCAGCAAUCACGUGUUGCGAAAAGGCGAAUGGAGGAGAAGUGUCAAUUACACCAAGGAAAGUGGAGAGGCUGCAAUUUGUGAUCGGUACAUGGAUGAAGGCUGGUAUAGAUUUGACAGUCCGGCUGGCAACGACAUUCCGACGUAUUGUGUGUUGCCAAACCACUGUGGAACCACAUGGCCAAUUUGGAUGAAUGGAAGCCUUCCGACCAAAAACCAAGAAAUAGACGCCAUAGCUUGUGUUUAUAAUUUGUUUACAAUCGAAGACCCGUGCUGUUACAAAACUUACAACAUAAAAGUGAAGAACUGCAAUGACGAAUUCAACGUGUAUUACUUGGUAGCCACGGAUGGGUGCUCGCAAGCUUAUUGCGUUGGUACCGAGGUAAACUGUCCUCUAGGAGAAUAUUCUAACAAUGGUUUCACUCCGGGGUGUGGUCCAGGAAAAUAUUUACCAGACCACGUACUGAAAGCUAAGCUACAGCCAGGCGGAAUUAGUAAAAUAGAAUGUGCAGCGGAAUGCCUGAGAAAUGAUCUGUGUGUGUCUUUCAACGUAAGAUCUGACAAUACUGUGUGUGAACUGAAUUCUGCUGAAGACGUCACCUACGACAGGAGGUUGCUGGUUGAUGAUGCUGCCAGCCAGCACUAUACAAAGGUCCUGCGUGGCAGUGCUGAUGUUAGGGCAUCCACUGAUGUUCCCUCUACUUCUGGAGAAAUAUCAACCGAUAGUUUAACGCCAGAAUUUGGUCCAGAUGACCCCUGUAAUUCAAGCAACCACGUCUUGCGAAAAGACGAAUGGAGGAGAAGUGUCAACUACACCAAGGCAAGUGGUGAGGCUGCAAUUUGUGAUCGGUACAUAGAUGACGGCUGGUAUAGAUUUGACAGUCCGGCUGGCAACGACAUGUCUACUUCUUGUGUGCUGCCAAACCACUGUGGAACCACAUGGCCAAUUUGGAUGAAUGGUACCCUUCCGACCAGAAGCCAAGAAAUAAAUGCCAAAGCUUGUGUUUAUAAUUUAUUCUCAAGUAAAGACCAAUGCUGUGACAGAAGUUACGACAUAAAAGUGAAGAACUGCAUUGACAAAUUUAACGUGUAUUACUUGGUAGGCACGGAUGGGUGCUCGCAAGCUUAUUGUGUUGGUACCGAGGUUCCCUGUUCUCCUGGAGAAAAUUCCACCACGGGGUUCACGCCGGGCUGUGUAUGAGUAAAUCCAUCGUGGCGCCAUUUAGCAUAUAUAUUGAAAUGUAUGACCAAAAGGCUGUGCAAGCUGAGGACAAAAAGUUGACAAUACGGUUCUGUGACUGUGAGGAAGAAGGUGCAGAAUUUCUAUAUCAGUGGCAAAUUAAAUAUACUGAGGUCUUCAGUGUCUGAAUAUGCAACAGCAAUGUCAAAUAUAGUUUUUACAAGAAUCAAAACCCCAAAGAACAAAUCUGAUCUGAUCCAUGUGGCACAAGACCAUAUAUAAUGAAGACAAGGCUUAUUUGAAAUGAAACAAAUGUGAUCCCUUUUCAUCCUUUUUGAAAUCAGAAACAUUUAUUUAAUAAUACUGCUUAACAUAGUUUUCUCCAUUACUCUUGAAAUGUACAGAUCAUAUCCCAGUUUAUAGUGUGGAGUCAUAUUGGUGUAACCAAGGAGUUACGUGUGUGUGUGUGUGUGUGUGUG